AUGGCUUUAGCCGGGCUCUGCGCCCUGCUCGCCUGCUGCUGGGGGCCGGCGGCGGUGCUGGCCACGGCCGCCGGGGACGCGGAUCCCUCCAAGGAGCUGGAGUGCAAGCUCAAGAGCAUCACCGUGUCGGCGCUGCCCUUCCUGCGCGAGAACGACCUGAGCAUCAUGCACAGCCCCUCGGCCUCCGAGCCCAAGCUCCUCUUCUCGGUGCGCAACGACUUCCCGGGCGAAAUGGUCGUGGUGGACGACCUGGAGAACACGGAGCUGCCCUACUUCGUGCUGGAAAUCUCAGGGAACACGGAGGACAUCCCUCUGGUGCGCUGGAGGCAGCAGUGGCUGGAGAACGGCACUUUGCUCUUUCAUAUCCAUCACCAAGACGGCGCCCCGAGCCUCCCUGGACAAGACCCGACCGAAGAGCCCCAGCACGAGUCAGCGGAAGAGGAGCUGAGGAUCCUGCACAUCUCGGUCAUGGGUGGCAUGAUCGCUCUGCUGCUGUCCAUCCUGUGCCUGGUGAUGAUCCUGUACACGCGCCGCCGCUGGUGCAAGCGCCGCCGGGUGCCCCAGCCCCAGAAGAGCGCCAGCGCCGAGGCGGCCAACGAGAUCCACUACAUCCCCUCGGUGCUGAUUGGCGGGCACGGGCGGGAGAGUCUGCGCAACGCCCGCGUGCAGGGCCACAACUCCAGCGGCACCCUGAGCAUCCGUGAGACGCCCAUCCUGGACGGCUAUGAGUACGACAUCACCGACCUGCGCCACCACCUGCAGAGGGAGUGCAUGAACGGAGGGGAGGACUUUGCCAGCCAGGUCACCCGCACCCUCGACUCCCUGCAGGGCUGCAAUGAGAAGGCGGGCAUGGACCUCACGCCAGGGAGCGACAAUGCCAAGCUGUCGCUGAUGAACAAGUACAAGGAUAACAUCAUCGCCACCAGCCCUGUGGACUCCAACCACCAGCAGGCAACCCUGCUCUCGCACACCUCCAGCAGCCAGAGGAAGCGCAUCAACAACAAAGCGAGAGCUGGUUCCGCCUUCCUGAACCCUGAAGGGGAUUCUGGCACAGAGACAGAAAACGACCCCCAGCUGACCUUCUACACCGACCCCUCACGGAGCCGGAGACGCAGUAGAGUGGGCUCUCCCCGGAGUCCUGUCAGCAAGACCACCUUGAUGUUGAUCAGCGUCACCAGCUGCGUGAUCGGCCUUGUGUGCUCCUCUCAUGUCAGCUGCCCUCUCGUCGUCAAGAUCACCCUGCACGUCCCCGAGCACCUGAUCGCCGAUGGGAGCCGCUUCAUCUUGCUGGAGGGGAGCCAGCUGGAUGCCAGCGACUGGCUGAACCCUGCCCAAGUGGUCCUCUUCUCCCAGCAGAACUCCAGCGGGCCCUGGGCCAUGGACCUUUGUGCCCGGCGGCUCCUGGACCCCUGCGAACACCAAUGCGACCCCGAAACUGGUAGGCGGGAGCACCGGGCAGCGGGGGAAUGUCUGUGCUACGAAGGGUACAUGAAGGAUCCUGUACACAAGCACCUGUGCAUUCGGAACGAGUGGGGGACAAACCAGGGGCCUUGGCCUUACACAAUAUUUCAGCGAGGCUUUGACCUGGUUUUGGGAGAACAGCCUUCUGAUAAGAUAUUCAGAUUCACCUACACCCUUGGGGAGGGCAUGUGGCUGCCCCUCAGCAAGAGCUUUGUGAUCCCACCAGCCGAGCUGGCCAUCAAUCCCUCGGCGAAGUGCAAAACGGACAUGACAGUGAUGGAGGACGCCGUGGAGGUCAGAGAGGAGCUGAUGACCUCGUCCUCCUUCGACAGCCUGGAGGUUCUCCUGGAUUCCUUCGGGCCCGUGCGCGACUGCAGCAAGGACAACGGGGGCUGCAGCAAGAACUUCCGCUGCAUCUCGGAUCGCAAGCUGGACUCCACUGGCUGUGUGUGCCCGUCCGGACUCAGCCCCAUGAAGGACAGCUCUGGCUGCUAUGACCGCCACGUCGGGGUGGACUGCUCGGACGGCUUCAAUGGCGGCUGCGAGCAGCUGUGUCUCCAGCAGGUGGCGCCCUUCCCGGACGACCCAGCCUUGUACAACAUCUUCAUGUUCUGUGGGUGCAUUGAGGAUUACAAGCUUGGUGUGGAUGGACGCUCUUGCCAGCUCAUCUCGGAGACCUGCCCUGAGGGAGGAGACUGUGGGGAAAGCCGGGAGCUUCCCAUGAACCAGACCCUCUUUGGGGAGAUGUUCUUUGGUUACAACAACCACUCCAAGGAAGUCGCUUCAGGGCAAGUGCUGAAAGGAACGUUCAGGCAAAACAACUUUGCUCGAGGUUUAGACCAGCAACUGCCGGAUGGUCUGGUGGUGGCCACGGUGCCCCUGGAGAAUCAGUGCCUGGAGGAGAUCUCAGAGCCCACCCCCGACCCUGACUUCCUGACCGGGAUGGUGAACUUCAGCGAGGUUUCUGGAUACCCUGUGCUGCAGCACUGGAAGGUCCGGUCUGUGAUGUACCACAUCAAACUCAACCAAGUGACCAUCUCUCAGGCGCUCAGCAAUGCUCUCCACUCCCUCGAUGGGGCGACGUCUCGUGGGGAUUUUGUGGCCUUGUUGGACCAGUUUGGCAACCAUUACAUCCAGGAAGCUGUCUACGGCUUUGAGGAGUCCUGCUCCAUCUGGUACCCAAACAAGCAGGUCCAGCGGCGCCUCUGGCUGGAAUACGAAGACAUAAGCAAAGGCAACUCCCCCUCCGACGAGUCGGAGGAGCGGGAGAGGGACCCCAAGGUGCUGACGUUCCCAGAGUACAUCACCAGCCUGUCGGAGUCGGGCACCAAGCGCGUGGCGGCUGGAGUCCGCAUGGAGUGCCAGAGCAAGGGACGGUGCCCCUCGUCCUGCCCCCUGUGUCACGUGGCUUCCAGCCCCGACACCCCGGCCGAGCCCGUUCUGCUGGAGGUGACCAGAGCGGCCCCCAUCUAUGAACUGGUGACCAACAACCAGACCCAGAGGCUCUUGCAGGAGGCCACCAUGAGCUCCCUGUGGUGCUCCGGGACUGGAGACGUCAUCGAGGACUGGUGUCGCUGCGACUCCACCGCGUUCGGAGCUGACGGACUGCCCACGUGUGCGCCUCUCCCGCAGCCCGUGCUGCGGCUGUCCACGGCUCACGAGCCCAGCAGCACCCUCGUGGUCCUGGCAUGGGAGCACUCGGAGCCCCCCAUCGGCGUCCAGGUCGUAGACUACCUCAUCCGCCAGGAGAAGGUCACCGACAGGCUGGACCACUCCAAAGUGGAGACAGAGACGGUGCUGAGCUUCGUGGACGACAUCAUCUCGGGCGCGAAGUCUCCCUGCGCCAUGCCCUCACAAGUGCCCGACAAGCAGCUCACCACCAUCUCGCUCAUCAUCCGGUGCCUGGAGCCCGACACCAUCUAUAUGUUCACCCUGUGGGGUGUAGACAACACAGGACGGCGCUCCAGGCCCAGCGACGUGAUCGUGAAGACCCCUUGCCCCGUGGUGGAUGAUAUCAAAGCCCAAGAAAUAGCGGACAAGAUCUAUAAUCUCUUCAACGGCUACACCAGCGGGAAGGAGCAGCAGACGGCCUACAACACCCUCCUGGACCUGGGUGCACCCACGCUCCAUCGGGUCCUCUACCACUACAACCAGCACUACGAGAGUUUCGGCGAGUUCACCUGGCGCUGUGAGGACGAACUAGGGCCCAGGAAAGCCGGCCUCAUCCUCUCCCAGCUUGGGGACCUCAGCAGCUGGUGCAACGGACUCCUUCAGGAGCCCAAGAUAAGCCUGCGACGCAGCUCCCUCAAGUACCUGGGCUGCCGCUACAGCGAGAUCAAGCCCUACGGACUCGACUGGUCGGAGCUCAGCCAGGACCUCAGGAAGACGUGCGAGGAACAGACCCUGAGCGUCCCCUACAACGACUACGGGGACAGCAAAGACAUCUAGCACGCUGCUGCCAGCAGAAAGCAGGAGCAAGGAGGGGACAUCUGGGCUGGUUGGCGGAUUUUUACUCUUUUUUUAAUGGAACAUUAAAACCUCCGCAGGUGACUGCUAAGCCAGGGAGCAGCGGACCCUUGCGCCCUGCGGGACUCCUCCGCGACGAGGUUCUGCGUCUGCGCAGCCGGGACGCCCGCCCCCACGGCCCCGUGCAGCGCCGUUGUUUCAGGGGCUUACUUUGGGGCUUGUUUUGUGGUUGAUUUGUUUUUCCCCCAAGAGGUUCAUUGAAACUCUCACAAAUUCUGUCAUGUUUCCCAUGAACAGACUAUCAAGUUAGGGCGCCCUGUGCUCCCUGAGUCCUUUACAGCUGGGGACACAGGCGGCCAGAGAGCCGGCCCCGGCGGCCCAGCUCACAGAGGACGGGGAGGCAGCCCUGCGCAGGCCUCGUGCUCGCCCCCGGGGGUCCUGCCGCUCACCCCACUCCCAGCCGGGGAGCCACAAGGGGCCCCCACCGCCAGGUCAGUGUUGCAGCCACCGAAGUGAUUACCGGUCACGGGGAACUUCUGCUCGUCACCCCGACCCCUCUCA